AUGGCGCAAGCUUAUGAUCCACUUGAUCCAAAUGGAAAUAUCACAAUCAAAUGGGAUAUUAUAAGUUGGACACCUGAUGGUUAUGUUGCUGUUGUUACAAUGAACAAUUUCCAACAAUAUCGUCAUAUCUCAGCACCUGGGUGGUCGUUAGGAUGGACAUGGGCAAAGAAGGAGGUAAUAUGGAGCAUGGUGGGAAGUCAGGCCAUUGAACAAGGGGAUUGCUCAAGAUUUAAGGGAAACGUCCCACAUUGCUGUAAAAAAGACCCAACAGUUGUAGAUUUACUUCCAGGAACACCUUACAAUCAACAAAUUGCAAACUGCUGCAAAGGUGGUGUACUCAGCUCAUGGGCUCAGGAUCAAUCCAAAGCAGUUUCUGCCUUUCAAGUCAGUGUAGGUAGUGCUGGUACCACUAACAAAACUGUCAAACUGCCAAAAAAUUUCAACUUGAAAGCACCAGGACCCGGUUACACAUGUAGCCCUGCAAAAAUCGUGCAACCAACUGAAUUCAUACAACCAGACAAAAGAAGAGUGACCCAAGCACUUAUGACAUGGAAUGUGACAUGCACAUAUUCACAAUUUCUUGCUCAGAGAACGCCUACUUGCUGCGUCUCGCUCUCAUCUUUCUAUAAUGAUACUGUUGUACCCUGCCCUACAUGUGCAUGUGGCUGCCAGGGCAACUCAUCACAAACAGGGGACUGUGUAAAUCCAGAUUCACCACAUCUGGCUUCAGUUGUUUCUAACCCUGGGCCUGGGAAAAGUAGUAUUACACCUUUGGUUCGAUGUACUCGGCAUAUGUGCCCGAUCAGAGUUCACUGGCAUGUGAAGCUUAACUACAAGGAGUACUGGCGCGUGAAGGUCACUGUUACUAAUUUCAAUUACAGGAUGAAUUAUUCUGAUUGGAACUUGGUCAUUCAGCAUCCAAACUUUGACAAUCUUACUCAGCUUUUCAGUUUCAACUACCGGGCAAUAACUGCCUACGGAUCAAUAAAUGAUACAGCAAUGCUUUGGGGAGUUAAGUUCUACAAUGAUUUUCUCAUGCAAGCUGGUUCUCUUGGUAAUGUUCAGUCAGAGCUACUAUUCAGAAAAGAUAAAUCAACUUUCACUUUUGACAAGGGUUGGGCCUUCCCUCGGAGAGUCUAUUUCAAUGGUGACGUUUGUGUGAUGCCACCACCUGAUGCUUAUCCAUGGUUACCUAAUGCUGGUUCCAGGCAAGAGGUUUCCCUGCUUGCUUUGAUGAUGACCUCUUUGGUGGCCUUGGUAUUACAUGCAUAUGCUUAA